AAGCGUUCAAUAAUGUCGCAGCUUAGCAAUUCUGGGAAUUUAUUUUUGUUUGCUGUCUUUGUAUGGGGAGUAUCAAGUCGCUUACUUGCUUCUCGACUGGAUGUACCUACUAGUACUUCUAAACCCUCAACUAGUGCUCGACCGUCUACAUAUUACAACUUCUUAACUAACCGAUGGAUAACUACAACCACAAAAGGUCCUUUUCAUCCAUAUUCGCCAACAUGGCCUUACAACUUCUUUACUAACCAAUGGAUAACUACAACAAAAGGUCCUUCUCAUCCUUAUCCAGCGACUUCACCUUUCAUGUACAACUACCUUACAAACCAAUGGAUAAUUUCAACUAGAACUACUUAUCCACAGGAUACUAUACCCAACAAGUACUCUAAAUCUCAGUGGAUUAGUGAGCCGCGUGUGAGUCCUACAGCAUCUCAAUAUUCGACGACUACUGCUGAAAAACUCGUGUCUAAUGAAGCCACAUUGUUGCAUCAAAUUCUUAUUCAGGAAACCUCGCUCAGAGUUGAACUACAAAAGACAGUUUGGGAUCUGAUGAAGGAAGUCGAACAAAUGAAGAAAAAUCAAAUGGAAGAAAAGUUUAAACAAGACAUCGUCAACCAACAAUUGAUUAACAACAUCACCUUGUUACGCAGCGAGAAUAAAAAACUGAAAGACGAACUAUUGAUUCUUCAACAGCAGACACCAAAUAAAAGUUCAAAUACUGACCUGCACUCUAACCACGACUUCACAAAUGUUUCAAAAGAACUGCAGAGCUUUAAAAGGGAGUUUAGAUAUUUUUCGUUAGGCUUUCUUGAUAUCCAGCAGGAUAUUGAUCGCAUGAACACUCAGCAAGAAAAUGUUACAACCGCCAUGAAAGAUGUCCAAGAUGUAAAAGACAUUUUAGUCAGAAUUCAGCACAAACAGUUUGAAUUUUCUACGGACCUUGAAAAUUUGAAGACAAAUCAGACAGAUAUGUUAGUAAGAGUUGCUUUUACAGCUACGCGUACACAAAGCCAAUCGUUUACGACUGAGACAACGCUCGUGUUUUCUAAUGCUCUUACCAACAUUGGUGGUGGUUACAACGCUGUAACUGGUGUAUUCACGGCACCACUCGGCGGAGUUUAUGUUUUUAUUUGCAAAAUAACAGAAAGACAAAACAGUGUUGGGCCUACCAUUUAUUUUGUGAAGAAUGGAGCAAACCAGGGUUCUAACGUAGGCACCGAAGGACCUUCAAACUCUUUCAGGUCCUCAUCCAGUUCAAUUGUGUUAGAACUAAGUCCUGGAGAUAGGGUGUGGUUGAAAAUUCACGGAAGUUAUUAUACAAGAACUCUUGACGGGGACCAACUAUUUACAGGAUUUAUGCUGUGACACUUGGUAUCCCAACCAAAGCAAUCGAAGAGUUUGAGAAAAAAAAAUUACACUACUAGUAUGAUACUUCGCAUUUGAUAUCAUGGAAAAAUCUUAUUCUUAAUGCCUUUAAUGAAACAACCUUAAUCAUUGUACAAAUUAAACACUUGUGAAUUAUUUGACCGCAACGUAUUUUGUUCUCUUAUGCAAAUUGACAACGCAAAUCCACAUGGUGGCUGUACAUUUUUAGCUGUUUUACGUACACGAAAAUCAUAUGACUAGACUCUCAGUCAGUCAUAACAUGCCUAAACAUUCACCACAUCUUUAUAGUUUUAUAGCAUUUUUAUGUAAUUGCAUGUAAAUUCAUCUCAAAUCAAUUACGUACAUGAAUCAGAAUUCCUAAACUAAACAGGUUUGCAAACGCAGUUAUUAUACUGUUAUACUUUCGAUAUCAUGUCGAUAAAAUUGGCGUUAUAUUGAUAAACAAUUUUCAUGUUUAUCGAUAAAUAUGAACACUACAGUCAAUGAUUUAUGGGUGUUUGUUACGAUGUAUUAAUAGCAAUAAAAAAAAUUACGAUAAUCAGAAGAUUGCAUAAAACUUCAGAAUUCCUUAUGCAACUGUACAGUUGUAGCAACGUUAUUGUUGACAAUUAAAUGACACGUACGUGUCUCUUCUGCUAAUAUGAUUAAAAUUAUUUGUCAAGACACAAUAUAUGCUUGAUAUAGGCUGGUUAUAAAAGUAUACAAGACUAACUCGACAGAACAAAGGAUUGAAUGAGUUGUUGAAACACUUACUAAAUUAAUGUAUUUAACGACGAAAGAAAGAAUAGUUUAAAAAUAUCAGCACUGACAUGAUACAUGAAUGUUAACAAUUGUCAAUGUUCUUCUAUAAAAAUAGUUUUCAGUUCACAUUGUUUGAUUAAAAACUACUUGUCGUUGUUUUAGAAUAAAUCCUGGCAUUCUGUAAAAAGGGUUACAAAACAAAAAAACCGCACGAUCACGCACGUUAAAAAUCGCAAAUCAAUUUCCCUGAUACACGCACGAUCCCGCACGUUACACGAACGAUCACCCACGUUACACGAAUUAUUUAACACGGUAAGCUUGUUAACAAUAACGCUGUUACCACUUUACGUCCUCUAUAAACGACUACAUUUUGAUUUUUCAGAUUUUAAAACAAAAUCGAUAAUCAUUUGGCCGAUAUUCAUAUUUAACGAGAGAGAGAGAGGGAGAGAGAGGGAGAGAGAGAGAGAGAGAGAGAGACAGACAGACAGACAGACAGACAGACAGACAGACAGACAGACAGACGAGUUAAAAAGAGAUAAAUAUUGAUGUAUUUAAGCAUGUAAUGUAAAAAUGUAACUACUCACUGAGUACAAGCUACGUCUAUCAGUACUCGUAAUAUCAAUUUUUGUUAAAAAUGAAUAUAAUUUAAGUAGAAAUCUUAUUGACAAUUACAUGCAUGUAACCUUGCAUUUUGAAAAGAAAAAAAGUUGACGAUGCUUUAUCAUUUCAAUGAUUAUGGUUAAUAAAAAUCGCACCAGAAAAAUACAAUGGAACGUGUUAGCUAACAAAGCGAUUUGAAUGUUGACAAAUUGGGAUUGUAAUUUUCAAGAACGCUUCUUACGAUUGUCGAUCCAUAAACCAUAUCUUACGCGAAUUUUAAGGAAUAAUCAUUUAUCCUCGCAAUGAAUGUUAUUAAUUGUUUAAAAAAAGAAUGUCGUCAAUGAUCAUUUAUCCUCACAAUGGAUGUAAUAUAUUGUAAGAAAAAUGAAUAAAUAAAACUUCGUA